GGGAGAGGGAGAGACAGAGACGAGGAGCACACGCUGCUGAACGGUCCUUUUGCUAUGGACAGUGCAAAUUUUGACAUCGUGGAGGUGGCUGGCCUGGGCAGACCCUUCCAGCUCGGCAUGGCCUACGAUUUAAGAAAGCACAAACUCCUACCAGGGCUGACCUUGUGGGAUUAUGAAGGACUUCAGACUAAAAUUUGUGUCAGUAACCAAUAUGACACCAAAUUCGACCUCUUGUCCUCAGACAGCAGUGACGAUAAAACGUCUACAACGAAGAUAAGUGCCUACCUGAAAAUCGCUGCACUGUGCGGACUACUGGAUGUUAGUGGGUCAUGUACAUAUUUUACAGAUGAGAAAAAGUCUGAAAAGAAGGCAAAGCUCACGUUAUCAUACCACGCCACCACAAAAUUCAAGCAACUGUCCAUGGACCACCUGACUCAGAUAUCUUACUUGAGUGAGCUGAAAGGAGCCGGAGCAACACACAUAGUUGUAGCCAUCCUAUAUGGCGCCGAUGCUUACUUUGUGUUCGAAAGAGAAUUGGAUUCACACAAAAACAAGUGGGAGCUGGAGGGAGAGCUAAAACUCACCAUCCAAAAGCUUUCAUUUUUAAUGACAGGUGAACUUGGAAGUUCAGGGGAAAGGAAGGACAGUGAAAAGCACGAGUUUGAAAAAACAAGCUGCACUUUCCAUGGGGAUUUUAAGUUAGAAUCUAAUCCAUACACCCUUCAAGACGCAUUACAGGUGUACACAAAACUUCCAUACAUGCUCGGAGAGAAAGGAGAACACGCAGUUCCGCUCCAGGUAUGGCUCUAUCCUCUCUCCAAACUACCCAAGUCAAGACUGGAAGAAUCAGACUGUAUCGUCAGGGAAAUAAGUGACACGCUUAACACACGCAUGUCACACGCCAUCGAUCGUUUGAAUAUGAUAGAAGGGAAAGUUAAUGACCUCAUGAACAAUGAAGCCGCCAAAUCGCUUGCUUUAUUUCACAGCAAACUUCAGGAUCUGAAGCAGAAGUUCAGCCAACACAAGGCAGACUUCAUGACGAACCUUGCUCAUCUGCUGCCACUCAUUCGUGGGUAUAAAAAAGAAGAAAGUGACCUUGUUGAUCUCCUGCAAACUUAUGAGGAUUCCCCGUUCAACAGCCCUGCGAUGGACCGGUGGUUAGAGUACAGAAGGAUGGAAUCGGACGUGCUAGGAAGCUUCUUAAAGCAGCUGCGAGAGACCGGGGUCAACCUGGACGAAGAUCUUCACAUUCUCCUGUCAGACGCAGAAACUGUGGUCAGUUUCACCUUCACAUCUCUGGAUCUGCCAGACGAAUUCCUGUCAGAUCUUGUGAUACCAGAUGAAGCUGAGAAAAAGACACCUGAUGAAAUUCCAACGUGGUUAACAAGUGGCAUCAUUAAGACAAUGAGAAAGAACCUGAGCUUGUUCAAAGACCUGAAGAGAUCCAACAACAAUAGACACACAACGUUCAAUGCGUCCUCCCAGAACAACUUGGUCAUCAGCGAUGGAACUGCAAGAUCAAGCCACCAUGAGAUCCACCCUGGAGCAUGCAUCAUGUUGUACGAAGGUGGGUCUGAUGAACCCAUCUGCUUUACCCCUCCAACUAAGCCCGUCUUCUCAGCCACUAUCAAACUGUUUUCCCGCACUAUAGUAGUAAAGUUGAACCCUGCAUGUGAGGCCACAGUGAAGCGCACACUGGAGUACAAGCCGAGGAUGAAGGAGUGGUGGAAAACUCUGGUUGUUGAGAGGGAUGAAGAGAAGCUGACAAAUCUGGAGUCUGGCAGCGAGUAUGAGAUCAGAUGCACUGCAGUGGGCAAACAGGAAGAGUUACCAGUCACCAGUGACAUCAUCAGCGUUCGCCUCUGAGACACCCUUGAAGGGACUGAAUAGCGCGUAGAGAACUUCCCAACAGAGUGGGCUACAGCAUGUAGGAUGUUAUUAGAUGCAAGGUCACAGGUUCCCAACCUUUGUCCUGGAGUGUCCCCUUAUCUGAACAUUUCAGUGAUUGUCCUCAUCCCAGUGCCAACACUUCAAGUCAUGAAUGUCUUAAUGAGCUGAUUAGUCGGAUCAGGUGUGUUGGGAAAUGUGCAGGGCAGUGGGUCCUCCAGGACCAGGGUUGGGAACCACUGGGCAAGCCAAUAGGUAGAUGCACAAGAUCUAACCCUGGCCAUAAAUAGUACUUCUGCUCCUCAGACACAGAAGUCUCCUCCCCUUCCCACUCAAAUUUCAACCUGUUUUGGUCACAACUCAGCAAGACAGAAGUGAUCGCUGAACAAAAGGCUAAGAGUGGACACUUUUUGUUGGGACAAACUGAAGAAGACUGGGGGCUUUAUCUUAGCAACUUUAAUGUAUCUUAGAACUUACCUCAGCUCAUCAGCAGAAACUAUUGCCUAGCAUGUCUAGCAUGUGUACUAUGAAUGCGGGCGCUAUUAUGCAUGCAUUGCGGUCUUGUGGCAAAAUAUAAGCCUACUGGACAGGGCAUCAUCUUGCUAAGCAAAAAGAAAUGUCAGUAUUUGCAAUGUCUCAGCUCCAUCUCUCAAUAAACAUAUAUAGGUGUAGAAUUAUUGCCGUUUAAAAAUGUACACAUACUUUCCAUGCAAUAUAUUUUGAUAUUAGGUCAAAGCCGACAGACGGUUCUACUGAGAUGAUAUAUUAUUUACUGCACUCUAGGUCACUAUGUGCUGUGUGCCUCCUGCAAGUGCCUAUAAUCACAUUCACUUUUGUUUCAUAAUUUUUGUGAUAUCACAGUAUUGCACUGUAUUAAAUCAUACUGUUGGAUCCUGAGCCUGUACUGAAAUAAAUGUAUACAAUCCAGA